GUGGGGUCCGAGGGAAAUGUGUCCAACUGGAACGUACGCUGCGGGAUUCAGUCUAAAGGUGGAAGCUCCUAUUGGUCGUGGGGAUGAUACUGCAGUCAAUGGGAUUCGCCUUCACUGUGUUGAGAUUUUUCAAGGCUUCUCACACUCUUAUCACGACUACGCCUCAGUUCAGUCAGAUGUAGGCAGCUGGGGUCGGUGGACUGAUAUCAAAUGGUGUCCUUCUGGAUUCUUGACUGCUUUUCAGCUGAGAGUCGAGAAAUCUCAAGGAGAUGGUGAUGACACGGCCGCAAACAACAUCAUGUUCAAAUGCAGUGGAGGGUCUUUACUGCAGGGUGACGGCACACACUGGGGUGAUUGGGGUGACUGGAGUCAAACAUGUGAAGGAAAAGGGAUUUGUGGUAUCAAGACACUGAUAGAAAAGCCUCAAGGACGAGGAGACGACACCGCUCUCAAUGACGUGCGCAUGUACUGCUGCAACUAAGGUGUUAGAGGACAACAACAAGAACAGCAAGAAGAUCAGAUGGAUCAUAAUUGAUCAGCAUACUGUUAUGAGCUCACAUUAACCAUGUCAUACAACAGCUAGUCAAAAAAAUAAAGCCUGAGAUGUGAUCAGGACCUCAACACAAAGCAAAGACUGACAGUACAUCUCACUUAUUGUGUCUUAUCAGUCCAUGCAUUUCAAAUCCAUGAACUCCAUACUCUACAUUAACUGUAAAGCUGUAAA